CCCGCCUUGCCCAGCGCGCCCUUUACAAACAGCGGCAGCCGCGCUGUGUKCCCGGUGCCUCAGGCUCGCUCCGCGCUCCUGCCGCUGCUCCGGCGCGUCGCUGCCGAGGCCGUGCCUGCCGUGAGGUGAUUCCCUGUUCCCAGCGCUGAGGCAGGAGCAGCCCGCCCGCCCGGACGCGCGGCUGCGCUGGCGGCGUGUCCCGAGGCUGCCGUCUCCAUCUCCUGAGGGAGGGAAGUGCCGAUCCCGGUCCCGUUCCCGGUGCUUGCGGUGGGCGGUGUGCAYGUGCACGGGGCACCGGGAAAAGGCUGGCUGUGUCGUGGGCGUGUGUGCGGCAGUCKCUCUAAGUCGCUUCUCCUUGGCAUCGCUUUUCCCCUAGGAGCGGGAAAGAUGGAUGACGCCGCUGGGGAUUUGAAGCAAGCGCUCCCAAACGUGUGUGACAGCGUUCAGAUCCAUGUGGAAGUUCACCAAAAGUCGAGCAGUGCGGCCAAGGAAGAAGAUAUUAAGAUUAGUGUCUUAAAGCUGUUGAACAGACACAACAUCGUGUUUGGUGAUUACAAGUGGACAGAGUUUGACGAUGCUUUCCUUAACAACAACGUGCAGUCUGUGUCAAUUGUGGAUACGGAGCUGAAACUGAAGGAGAGACAGCCUAUUGACCUAAGCAAAAGCAGUCUUUCUAUUCAUAUUUUUCAUCUGAAUGARGAGGGACCAACCUCUGAAAACCUGGAAGAAGAGAAUGAGGAUAUCACUGCAGCUCACCACUGGGUGCUACCAGCAGCUGAAUUCCAUGGCCUUUGGGAAAGUCUUAUCUAUGACACUGAAGUAAAAGCAAACUUACUCGAUUACGUGACGACAACAUUAUUAUUUUCUGACAAAAACGUUGACAGCAACGUGAUAUCGUGGAACAGAGUUGUUUUGCUGCAUGGCCCACCUGGAACUGGGAAAACUUCUCUCUGUAAAGCAUUGGCUCAGAAGCUGACAAUUAGACUAUCAUACAGGUAUAGGUAUGGACAGUUAAUUGAGAUAAACAGCCAUAGCCUUUUCUCUAAAUGGUUUUCUGAGAGCGGCAAGCUUGUAACCAAGAUGUUCCAGAAGAUCCAAGAAUUAGUUGAUGACAGAGACGCUCUUGUGUUUGUACUGAUUGAUGAGGUGGAAAGCCUCACAGCAGCCCGCAGUGCCUUUAAGGCAGGCACAGAGCCUUCAGAUGCUAUUCGUGUGGUAAAUGCUGUACUGACACAAAUAGACCAAAUUAAAAGGUAUCCCAAUGUAGUUAUCCUGACUACUUCAAAUAUUACAGAGAAAAUUGACAUGGCCUUUGUAGACAGGGCUGACAUAAAACAAUACAUUGGACCUCCAUCUACUGCAGCAAUAUUUAGAAUAUACCUUUCYUGUUUGGAAGAACUGAUGAAGUGUCAAAUAAUAUAUCCUCGACAGCAGCUUCUGACACUAAGAGAGCUCGAGAUGAUAGGCUUUGUAGAAAAUCAUGUGUCACGGUUAAGCCUUGUACUGAAAGAAAUCUCAAGAAAAAGUGCAGGUCUUGGUGGCCGGGUCCUGAGGAAGCUUCCUUUCCUAGCACAUGCACUUUAUAUUCAAUCUCCCAGUGUUACAAUGGCUACUUUUCUUCAGGCUCUUUCACUUGCAGUAGACAAACAAUUUGAAGAAAGAAAGAAUCUUGCUGACUGCGUGUGAUACUCUACAGUUUCACAGUUGACUGUAUUGUUAUAUUUUUUCAUAUAAGUUGUGCUACAUUUAUGAAUUUGUAAAAUAAAUUGUCAGCACCUUAAAAAACCUGGAAUGCCUCAUCUGGUUUUAAAAAAUAUUCCUUAAUAAACAGUUAAGGAAGUUUACAGCAUAUUUUUCGAAACCUUUAUUU